CUUUUCGGGCCGGAAAUACUCGCUGUAUUUGGAAAUGUUCGCGGCAGCCAUAGCCAGUGGCAACCCUGAAGGGAGAAGAGGUCAACGACUCAAGUCCAUGGCUGUCGGGCUACGGGCGGCGCUCCCCACGCGAGCAGUUCCCUCUCGAGGCUGAAGGGUCAUGAGCCACCUGCAAAACCUGCUGCUGGACACCCUCCUGGGCACGAAGCACGUGGACUGCGCUGCCCUCAUCAGAAUCCAGGAGCGCACCCUGUGCGUGGCGUCGCCGGGAUUUAGUGUAAUGCCAAGUGAUGUCCGGACUCUUGUGAAUGGAUUUGCCAAGAACCCUUUGCAAACUCGAAGAGAAGGGCUCUAUUUCAAGGAAAAGGACUACAAAUGUGUGCGGGCAGAUGAACAUUCACUUUAUGCUAAGAAUGGAAACACCGGUGUGAUUGUGGUGAAGACCCAUCUGUAUCUUCUGGUGGCCACUUACACAGAGAACAUGUAUCCCAGUGUCUGUGUGGAAGCCACAGAGAAGCUGGUUUGCUUUUCAGGAGUCUAUUUCCUUGGUUAUUUAGUUCCUCCCUACUCUCCUGCCAUUUGAUCUGCCAUGACUGCAAUAGAGGAAGGCAAGCUAGGAGAAUAUCUAAGAAAAAAAGGAAAUUAGGUUAUCAGAGGACUCUGAAAGACAACCUUCUGAUUUUAGAAGCAAACUACAGAUCAUAAAGAAAAAGUAAUACUGCAUUUGUUGUUCACUAAGCAGAGGAUACU